CACAGUUGAGAGCUCAGAGCUCAGGCGGAGAUUGGGCGGGGGCGGCCAUGACCACUCUGUUUUUCUUAAAACAUUUAAAUAAAUUUUACAACCAAAUACUGAUUCUAUUAUAUUUAUACUGCAGAUACUGAAUUUCUCAUAUAGUUAUAGAUAGGAAACAUCACAAGAUUCGAUUGCGAUACCCUACUCACUCAAGUAACAUAGCAGAGUCGGAGAGACUGCAGCGAGAGAUGGCGACUGUUGUGGUGCUUAAGCCGCUGAUCAACAUUGCAACUGCUUCGUCUAAACUCGACACAAUUCCCUUUCUCUUCUUAAACCUCCGAUCCUUUUGUUGCUCCUCUGCCGCCGAAGCACAUAUCAGAAAGUCACUGCAGUGCUUCAGAAUUAAAUACAGAGGAUAUUGUUCUUGCACUGACAUGGCAACUGCUUCUCAAAUCACUUAUUAUGUCCGUCUGGGUGAAAUUGAAAUGGCACGAAAGUUGUUUGAUCGAACUCCACAAAAAACUAUUGCCUCAUGGAACUCUAUAAUAUCUGGCUACUUUCAGUACUGCCAGCCGAAUGAAGCACAAUGCUUGUUUGAUGCAAUGCCAGAAAAGAAUACAGUUUCUUGGAAUGGCUUGAUUUCUGGGUACAUUAAGAAUAGGAUGGUAAAGAAAGCUAGAGAAGUAUUUGAUCUAAUGCCUGAAAGAGAAAGAAAUGUCAUAACCUGGACUGCCAUGGUUAGGGGGUAUGUGGAAGAAGGUUUGGUUUCGGAGGCGGAGGCAUUAUUUUGGCGGAUGCCAAUGAAGAAUGUUAUAUCGUGGACAGUAAUGUUGAAUGGGCUGAUCCGUGAAGGCAGGAUUGAUGAGGCUAAAAUAAUUUAUGAUCUGAUGCCUGUGAAGGAUGUUGUCGCCAAAACUACUAUGAUAGGAGGGCUAUGCUCAAAAGGUCAGUUGGAUGAGGCACGGGAGAUAUUUGAUUGCAUGAAGCAGAAAAAUGUAGUUUCUUGGACAACGAUGAUUUCAGGAUAUGUACAGAAUGGGAAGGCAGAUAUCGCUAGGAAACUCUUUGAGGUCAUGCCUGAAAGAAAUGAGGUAACUUGGACGGCAAUGCUUAUGGGCUACGUUCAAUGUGCGAGGACUGAGGAUGCCUGGGAGCUUUUCAAGGCUAUGCCAAUCAAAUCAGUUGUUGCUUGCAAUGCAAUGGUUAUUGGGUUGGGAGAGAAUGGGGAAGUUUCUAGAGCAAGGAAAGUUUUUGACCUGAUGAGGGAAAAGGAUAAUGGGACCUGGGAGGCUAUGAUUAAGAUUUAUGAGCGGAAAGGAUUUGAAUUAGAAGCACUUAGUCUUUUUCGUCUGAUGCAGAGCGAGGGAGUCAAGUCACAUUUCCCAUCACUAAUCAGUAUUCUUUCAGUUUGUGCCACUCUUGCCACUCUAGAUCAUGGUAAACAGAUACAUGCCCAAGUAUUGAGGUCCAAGUUUGAUGAUGAUGUAUAUUUGUCAUCUACUUUGAUGACUAUGUAUAUGAAAUGUGGUGAUGUUGUCAAGGCGAAAGUAAUAUUUGAUAGAUCUUCUUGCAAGGAUAUAGUGAUGUGGAACUCUCUUAUUACAGGUUAUGCCCAACAUGGUUUAGGAGAUGAGGCGCUACAAGUGUUCAGAGAAAUGUAUUCAUCAGGUAUCCAUGCAGAUGAUAUAACAUUCAUCGGAGUUCUAUCUGGUUGCAGUUACAGUGGAAAAGUGAAGGAAGGGAAGGAAAUAUUUGAUUCCAUGAAGUCAAAAUAUAAGAUUGAGCCAACCACUGCGCACUAUGCUUGCAUGGUUGAUAUGCUUGGGCGAGCUGGCCAACUGAAUGAGGCUUAUAAUUUGAUAAAUGAAAUGACUGUAGAGGCAGAUGCCAUUGUUUGGGGUUCUCUGAUGGGUGCAUGUAGGAACCACAUGAAUUCUGAUCUUGCAGAAGUUGCCGCGAAGAAGCUUGUCCAACUUGAACCCAAAAAUGCUGGUCCCUUUGUCCUAUUAUCAAAUAUCUACGCGUCAAAAGGUAGAUGGGGCGAUGUUGCUACGCUGAGGAAGAAGAUGAAAUGUAGGAAGGUUAGCAAAUCACCUGGUUGUAGUUGGAUUGAGGUGGACAAAGAGGUGCAUAUGUUUACUGGUGGACAGAGCACACCGCACCCUGAACAUAUGUUGAUUAUUAGAACGUGGGAGAAGCUAAGUGGAAUGUUAAGGGAAGCUGGAUAUAGCCCUGAUGGAGCCUUUUCCCUCCAUGAUGUGGAAGAGGAAGAAAAGGCACAAAACUUAACACAUCACAGUGAAAAGUUGGCUGUGGUGUUUGGACUUGUGAAAUUACCUGAAGGGGUACCUAUUCGAGUUAUGAAAAACCUGAGGGUUUGUGGAGAUUGUCAUACGGCUAUUAAAUUAAUCUCGAAGAUUACUGGACGUGAGAUUAUCUUGAGGGAUGCAAAUAGAUUUCAUCAUUUCAAAGAUGGACUUUGCUCGUGUAAUGAUUAUUGGUGAUUGGUGUUUCUUUUCAAUCUUAUCCUUUUCUCAGAAUCGUAAAGUGAAAAAUCCGAAGAGCAGUGUUAAUCCGGAACACCUAGUGAUGUUGAUGAUGUUGCUGACAUCUAGUGCUGAAUAUGGGACUGUGGCAAGUCAAGCCCAGAGAAUCAACUCUAGUGACUGCUGGCUUUAAUGGUGUGUAGUGCUGAUGUAUUCAAAUGAUAGUGUACCUGGGCAUUGUUCAAGCUAUAAUUUUGAUGGUAACAUUGAUGAACCAGUAUUAGAUGACGAUACUGUUCAUCUCACAUGUCUCUAUGGCCAUCUGAAUUGCAUCCAGCAGGUGUUGUUUAAAAGAUGAGCUAACUUGGAAGCAAAGGAUGCCAGCGCUGGAGGUGAGGUUAUUGCUCACUGUUACUCUUCGCCAUCUUGCACCUUAUGAUGCAUCCUUACUUGAUUUUUCUGAAACCCAACUUCUGCUAAUGAGCCAGGCCGUGUGAAAAGAAUGUUGGAGACUAUUGAUAUUGAAGGAGACACGGUAAGUCUAUCUUGCCGUGCUUCUCUCUUUGCACAUAAAGCAUUUCGGACUUGAGUAGUAAAUUACAAUCCUACAUCUCUAACUUUAUUUGGUUGAGUAGUAGUUGUGUAUUUGACAGAAAACCUUAUAUGAAAUUAUAAUAUUAGGUGACAGACUUCGAAGGAUA